CGAGGUGUUUUAUCUCGCCGUGUCUUGUAUACGAAUGUGUAUACGAUCAUAUGUGUGCAUGUAUGUGUACGGUGAAAGGAUCAAGUCUUCGGAGCGGGAUUCGAAUCCGGGACCUUGCGGGGCCCAAGCUACAAGAACACCAAGAGACUGCCCCACCAAGAACCAACUACAAUUCGGUCACUACUUAUAAAAGCACCAGACUCUCCCCCGCACCACUUCAGUGCAGUGUGCUCACACCAAAAUACAACAACAUGUUACCUUUCAGAUACGUCGCUGUUUUUGCUUUGUUGGCUUUGGCCUAUGGCCAAGAGUAUGAGUACCAGACUGGCGCCAGACCAGCUCCAUCCAGGAUCCAAAGUGGAUUCUCCGGUGCUGCCCAACCGAAGCCAACCCCAGUCCCAAUCCUGAAGCAAAUCAACAGGCACAACGAAGAUGGUUCCUAUACUUACGGAUACGAAGGUGCUGAUGGUUCUUUCAAGAUUGAAACUAAGCUUCCAUCCGGAGAUGUGAAAGGCAAAUAUGGUUACAUUGAUGACACCGGAAAGGUUCGUGUUGUUGAAUACGGAGCCACCAAAUACGGCUUUGAACCAUCCGGCGAAGGAAUCACCGUCGCUCCACCAACCCUUGUGGACGAGACCACCAAGGACGGACUCAUCCAAGACGAGUACAACCAACCUCAACCCGCUCGUCAACGUGCCCCAGCCCCACGUCCAUCCUUCGACUCAUUCCAAGCCCAAGCUCCACAAUACAAACCAGCCCCAGCUCCAGCCAGGCAAGUCCCACAGGCCAACUUCGAAUUCUCCCAACCACGUCCAGCUCCAACCAGGGCUUUCGCACCAGCUCCAGCUCCUCGUCCAGCUCCACGUCCGGUUCAACAAUCCUUCUCUUUCGCUAGCCCAGCCCCAAUCGAGGAAGACAACUACGAUGCUCCAUCUCCAAGGCCACUCCCUAAGAUCACCUACGCUCAACCAGCCCCACAACCAAGGCCACAAUACACCCCACAACAAUUCGCCCCAGCACCAGCCGCCACUCAAGCCAUCUCCAGGCCACAGUACUCCGCUCCAGCUCCUGCCCCAGCUGCUCCCAGGCCACAAUACUCUGCUCCAAGACCAGUAGCAUCUCCAAACCGUCAAGUUGGUGGUGUUUUGGACCAACUCGCUAAAGACUACGCUCUUCCACAAGGUGGUGCCGCUGCUCUCCACGACAUUAGCUUCGGCUACUACUAAAUACUCUCGAACUGUUAGUUUCUAAUUAAUUGUGAUUGAAAUUCUAAACUCUUUAAAAAUCUAUAAACUCCAUUUAAAUUCAACGGUUUUCGGAAAAAAAGUAUAUAUAAAAUGCAAUAACAUAUUAGCUAGAUCCUAUUCCUAAGUCAUUUAUUUCCUCUUUGUAUUUGUUUCUAGCAUUUAGAAUUUUUUUGUAUGUAUAUUUAUGUUAUAUAGAGGAGAGACUGUACAUAUGUAGCGUGUGAGAGUAACAUAAUAUAUAUAAGAAGAGAUACAUGUUUUUCGAUACUUAUUUCUAUAAUUUAUACAAAACAAAAUACAUUUUUGAGAAAAAAAAAAUUCUUUGAAACCGCAAAUAUAAAACAUAACAAUGUCCGAGAAAGUUACAAUUCAAAAUAUGCAUUAUUUGUAUAAAGUGAGAUGUCAAGACAUGUUGUAUACAAAUUUAAGGGCUUGGCAAACAACAAUGUUCUGUGAAUAAGUUCAAGGUUUCAUAAGCGUAAUA